UUCAUUUCUGUCAUACUUUUACUUCCUGUUUCUGUUGUCAUGGUGACAGCAGCGGUCAAACAGUUGAUUUAACGUCUGCUGCAGAAUAAUAACAGCAGAUAAAUGUCAGGAAACCUGGUUAUCAGCUGCUGUACAGACAGGAAGCCACAGAGAGAGCAUCAGGAAUGUUUUCCAUAUGACCACUUAGCAAAGUCCAUGUGGUGCAGAUUCUCCUGACUUCAAAAAUCUCAUGAAAACCUCUUUCUUUGUCUCUCUAUAUAUUCUCUCUCUAUCCCUCCAUCCUAACCUGCAGCCUUGUGUCUCUUGGGUCCUCUCCAUGAUUUGCUGCAGCCAGAUUAAACUUCAUCUGUACAUCAGAUAAACUAAUGUAGCCCACAUUUUCAAACAAACAGCUGUAAACAACUACAGUCUGCAACUGCAAUCAACUAGGAAUUUUCAGUCUCUCUCUGGUUGUUUUCAGUCUCUAGGUAGUUGUUUUAAGUCUUUCUGUAGUGUCUCUGUGCUGGUGUUUGCGUUUCCUCUGGUCUGGUGGUCUUGCUCAUUUGUAGUGGGAAUGUUCCCAUUUCCUGUUUGUUUUAAACACAUUAGGUGUUUCCAUCACUGUAUGAAUCACAGUGUGGGAAGAACAAACACAUUAGAACUUUUACACUUGUGAGGACACAAUGCAACAUAACUAAUCUUAACUAAAUGUCUAACUCUGACCAUCAAACCUGAGCCUGAACCCUCAAACCAGACCACUGAGGUUUAAAGCUGUGGUCCUCACAAAGAUAGACAUACCAUGCUCAUACACACACAUCUGGAUUCCAUCAGAGGCAGGGAGAGCAGAUCUGAGAUCAGAUUGUCAACCAGGCUGCUGAGGCUCACACUGCUGAUACUACAAUGACCACUACUGACACCAAAAUAAAACCACAGUGAGAGGAAGAGGAAGAUAGCUGCUGCUGCUGCUGCUGCUGCUGCUGCAGACAAACUCAGAGACACACACUGAGGUGUUGCAAGGAAAAGGAAAAGUAGAAAAGGUGCAAGAAGUGAAGGAAAAGAAGAAGAUGAAGGUGGUUUCUGGAACUCUGAUCUUCGUCUCUUUGCUGUCACUGGCCUGCAGCGUCUUUCCAUCUUCUGGUCCUACAGAGGAAUGCCCUGGCAUGUCUGUCCGUCUGCGGGCAUUCAAGCUGAUGACCAACUGUAACUUCACCACUCUGAAGGAGAAGCAGAUGAAUGAGAUCCAGGCUCCAACCACCAACCUGUACCUGCCGGUCCUGUACCUGCUGGCCUUCAUCGUGGGUCUGCCCUCCAACCUGUUGGCUCUGUGGCUUCUACUGUUCAGGACCAAAUCACUCCCAUCCACCACGCUGCUCAUCAACCUGACGGCCGCUGACUGCCUGCUGCUGCUGGUGCUGCCGUUCCGUAUCGCAUACCAUUUCAGGGGGAACCACUGGGACCUGGGCGAGCCUUUCUGUCGUGUUGUCAUGGCGAUGUUUUACGGCAACAUGUACGGGUCUGUGCUGUGUCUGGCGUUCGUGGCUCUGGACCGAUACAUCGCUUUGGUUCACCCGUUUCGUGCCAAAACGCUGCGCAGCAGGCGGAUGUCCCUGUGCAUGACAGCGGCGGUGUGGACGGUGGUGCUGGCUGCCAUGCUGCCUCUGCUGGUAUCACAGCAGACCUACGAGCUGGACGAGCCUCAGAUCACCACCUGCCACGACGCCCUGCCUGAGAUGGAGCAGGAAAACUUCUUCCUGCCGUACUUCGCCACCUUGUUCUCUGUCUGCUUCCUACUGCCCUUCGUGGUCGCCGUGUUCUGUCACGGCGCCGUGCUGCGCACUCUGCUGGCCGAGGGGAAGCGCUACGGUCACGCCAUCCGGGUAACGGUGCUGGUCAUACUGGUCUUCAUUGGGUGUCUGCUGCCCAGCAACAUUCUCCUCCUCCUCACCUACACCGACAGCUUGCCAAAUGCAGACGGCGAGGACUUCUACGUGCCCUACAUGAUUAGCUUAGCGGUUAGCACCUUCAACAGCUGCAUCGACCCCUUCAUCUUCUACUACGUGUCAUCGGAGUUCAGGGAGAAGGCGAGGAGCGCUCUGUGCUGUUACAGCGUCUCUGGAGACAGAUCAACCUCCCUGGGGAACAACGUGUCGCACUCCUCCUCAUCAUCAGGCCUGAGGUCAAAGGUCACACUGUUGUCCAUGUCCAGUCGGAAGGUAACAUCAGAGACGGCAUGAGGGGUCAGAGCCACAGUGAAUCCUUGUCCAUCACAGUCCUGUUCACAUUGAGAUGACUGGACACUUUGGAGGAGUAUCCUAGCAUGCAUUUCAGACUCAGAGCUUUUCAUUUUCCUUCUCCAGCUGAUUUUGUGUCCCUUAAUUAAAUUCUGAUAUUUUUUUCAGCUGAGACAGUUUCGAUUUGUCGUAGUCAGGUUAAUAAAAUAAAUUCAUUCUGAUGUUUUCAGAGACGUGAGGAGCUUUCAGUCAGAGUCCAUGGUCAUCCUCCAGUGGAGAGGGUCUCAGUUGAGUUUUCAUAUGUGAUCAAAUUCCUGUUCCUGAGUGUGAAUCUAAAAUUUGCCUCAUGUUAUAAUCUGACUCUUUUCCUCAUGUUUACCUGUGGUCAGGAAAAAGUGACAGUCACAUGACUGCUGACAUCACCACAGCCGUCACUCAAACAUCUGUCAUGUGUAACGUCUCAUCUGAUGAGGACCAUAAAUGUUGGACUGCUCCUUUAACCUGGGAAUAUAAUCCAUGAUAUGAAGGCAGUAUUGAUCACUGAUGACAUGAUCCAUUCUGACAAAAAUCAGUCAGACACUUUUGUUCACACAUGAAUAAAAAUAAUAAAGAAAUAAAUAUAAAGAA